AUGAAUAUUUCCUUGCAGGACGCUAAUGGAAACAUGAACCAGCCGUCUUCUGCAGAUUCAAUCACCCUCGGCCAGCUCAAGGCCAUGGUAGGCACCGCUCAGAAACCAAAACAAUCUUUAUUCGACUUCAAGUAUGACGACGAGGACACCGUCAUGAACGAGAUCGAGGAGUUCUACUCUUACAUAGAGAUGCUGCAGGUCGCCGAGAACAUGAAAUCAUGGGAGGGCUCCUUCCCUGACGGCACAAGACGCGCACAUGUCGAGUAUCUCCUUGAGAGCUUGGAGCAUCGCGACACCGAGAUCCGUUUCACCAAUGCCCGUCGAUUGUUCUAUGUCCUCCAAGGGACUUUUGGCGAGACCGUAUCCCCGGAGCACCAAUUGCAUUGGAUAUUUGAAAACUGCAAGGUAGUCCGUGCCGCCAACGGCGUUAGCAGCAUCGUAGAAGCGCUUAAAAUUGCAGGCCGCAAACACGAUCUACUAUGCAAUAUCACCGAUGCACAGGCGGCACACCUGCAUGUGUCGCUACAAGACCGCGCUGACCUUACGGAAGACGUGUUGACCGAAGUCUCCGUAUACUUGGGAAUGCUCUAUCAUCUGAUUGAGGUAUUCAAAGGCCACGAUGACUUUGCGGAUGAGUUAAUGAGCUUGGAUCCACCACUUCCGGUAUACCUUUUCAAUGUCGUCUCCAAUCUACGAGACAAAACACCCAAAGGAUACCCUAUCAAAAAACUUCUUUUAGUUUUGUGGAAAACACUUUUGACAUGCUGGGGUGGUGUACGCGAUCAUGCUCGCGUCAAAAAGCUAGCGCGUGAAUUAGCAGGUUUGCCACCUAUCACAGAAAACAGUAAGAUCAUUCCAAAACCUAGUGCCGUCCACACGCUGACAGCAAAUGCAGCUGCCAAAAUCAAAUCCUCUCCAAUCGACAUUGAAUUAUUCCACUCCGAGACCUCGGUCAAAUAUCCCACAUUUCAGCCUCCCGCCGUACCGCAGUCUUCCAUCAUCGAUGCGCCGAUCGCGAAACAGGUCAAUGUAUCCCAACUAACAAGCAAACUUGCAAAAGCAUACACCCCUAUCCCCGUGCGGCAUCACUAUCACCACCACGACGAGAACGAUGUGUCGCACGGCGGACAUCCGCAGGGCAUGCCGCCGCAGUUCCACCCCCACCACCCGGGGCAGCAGCAGGGCCCUAAUAAUGGGUAUCGCCACGUCCCGCAGCCCGCGACUCCCGCACCAUCGCCGCCGCCCUCACCGAAGCCUAAGAAGCAGCAAUACCAGACGGACCAGACGCGUCCCUUCCUGUUCCCGUUCUCGCGCGCGCAGGCGGGGAAGGAGGUACGGCUUGUCCCAUUUGCCAUCGACGAGGCGGAUAGACUGUAUAAUCGGCAUAUGUAUGUCAGCUUGUCGCUUGCGCAGAUGUGGAGGACGAGGGAGGAUUGUAUGACGGUGGAGAGUGGACUGGAUCGGAUGCCUGGCGCUGAUGCAGAGUUUAAGAGUUCGACUUUUAACCCGGAUGAGUCAGAGACGGCUGAGCCUCUACCUGACCUCGCGCUUUUGGAUCAAAAAAUCCAAGAGGCGAUUGAAGCUAUGGAAAACGCGCAAUCGAGCGCGGACAAACGAAAAGCGAGAGAAAGAAAAGAGGAUCUUAUGAGACUUAAGCGCGUUGAACAGAUAUAUAGUGCUAUCCUUCCUGUGCUCUCGGGAUGGGUUCUCAUUUUGCUCAAGUUGCUUUUGGCGACAGUGUCUGCUAGCUCCAAUAUGCAGAACCCUCAAUCAUCGACAUCAUCCGUCUUCCCUCCUACAGGAAUGUCGCCGCAAGAACAACCUCCCACUACUUUGCCGACCCUCGACGAUAUUGAUGUCACCCGUCAUCGCGAAAUUACAUCGAAAGCCGUUUCAGCCAUAUUGUUGCUGGUUCUCAAAUGGUUCAAAGUUUCUCACGUAAUGAAGUUCCACCAUCUAGGACAACACCUUCUCGAUACAAACUGCCUGCUAUUAAUCCUGAAGAUGUUUGGCUUGCAGGAGGUGACCAACUCCGUGGUGUCCAAGGCCGAUUCUCCUGAAAACAACUUUUUCCGAUACUGCUUGACGAACCUGUCCAAGAACCCGCAGCCGAUCCGGCCCGAAGACGACAUGUACCGCGCACCGAAGCAGAACAUCCGCAAGACGACGAUACUGCCAAGCGGGGAGCAGCGGGAAGAGGAGAUUGAGCUUAUCACAGAGUAUUCAUGGCGCAACUUUUUCUCGACGAUUAAUUUUGCAAAGAUUAUGCAGAAGCUGUCCAAGGGCAGGUCACACAGGAUCUGGAUGCUGGUGCAAUACAAGAGCUCUGCCGUGCUCAAACGCGUUUUGAGAGUGAACCAUCCAUUGCUGCAACUUCAUGUACUCAAAUUGAUCAAGAGUCAAGUGCCGUUCUGUGGCAGAAAAUGGAGGCAAUCUAACAUGAAGGUCAUUACCUCGAUAUAUCUCAACUGCCGACCUGAUCUGAGAGACGAGUGGCUUGCGGGAGUGGAACCCGAUGAUGCUGGAGAUGCGCAGGCACAAGAGCAAGCGCUUCGACAUUUGGUCAAGUUUUAUAACACGAAGCGAUAUGGACCGGCAGCGAUGGCGGGACAACAGAGCCCGAUCCACCGACGGACAGGAAGCAUGUCGCAGAUGGAGGGCCUGCACGCGGACCCUGCACUGUCGAGCCUGAUCCGUCCGCUGGGGACGCCGAAUGUGGUGGACUCGGACGUAUUCCCGCCUGUGCGGUCGCGUGCGCCAGACCAGUCGCUGUUCCUGCCAUUCAUCCCCGAAGACAUUGCGUUUGAGGAAGAGUACGAAGAGUACCUUUCUGACCUCGGGUGGUCGGAGGAGCAGACGGCUGCGUCGAUGGAGAGUGGGAGCGGAGGUACAUCUGCAUGGCACCGACUGCCAAACUUUGUGACAGAGUUUGGGGAUGGGAUCAGCGACAGCGAGAGUGUGGUGUCGAUUGGGGACCUGGGAGACGAAAGCCGCCUGGAUCCGACCAGAGAGGACCGGGAGACGGUCGACGAGAAUGUGAACAACUGGGAGCACAUGAGCCCGAAGACGAUGGCUGCGCUGCCCAAGUCGCCCGCAGGAGGACGGCGGUCGAGCUCUGGGACUGGGCUGCGACCUGUGCUGCCGUUUGCGCUGGACGAGGGCGAUGGGAGUGCGGUGGAGGAGGAGGAGGAAGAAAGCGAAGGGGGCCACCUGGGACGAGAGCGGCCGUCGGGCGAGUUUCCAGCAGGGGCGAGUGUGGACGAGGUGGAAUACGCAUACGGAAUACAAACAAGUCAAGCCAUGGCUCAGCCGCCUCAGCCGCAGAUGCAGUCCAUCAUGCAGGAUCCCGCCCAGCAGGACAUGGCUGCCAACUACUAUCCCCAGGAGAGCGAUCUCACUGGUGGUCUCCCUAUCAACCUCGACUCUCUCAGGGACGGGCCCCCUGGCAGCAAACCCUUUUAUCCCUAUUCUACCCUCAUUCGCUAUGCCAUCAAAGGCUCUCCCAAUCAAAAGCUGCUCCUAGAAGACAUUUACUAUGCCAUCGAGUCUCGGAACUCGGUCCGCCACAAUCUCUCCCUCAAUCCAUGCUUUGAAAAGGUUCCCCGUCCUCUUACUGACCGCGGCAAGGGCUCCUACUGGACCGUAAACGAGAAUGUAGACCCCCGCACAGGCGUACAUCGCAUUCGCAAGAAAAAGACAAAGGGCUCAAAGGGCCGUGCCUCGGAGGAGCCCGAUACAGACUACCAUCCCCCAGAGGGAAGCUACGACGACCCCCAUGGCCAGUUUGUAGCUUCCCCGCCCAUGCAAUCAGACGAUUCAGGCACAAGUCGUCAGCAGCAGCAGCAACAGCAGCAACAACAACAGCCAAUACCUUAUGCCGGUUAUCCUCCUAUGGCCUUUGACCCCAACUUUCCCAUGAUCCCCGGCAUGCGGUACCCUCCAAUCCCAGGCGUCAUGCCCCCAGUCCUCGACGAAGGUCUAGAGCUCGACGAGCACGGCAAUGUCAACUGGCGGCUAGCCUGGCUCAAAGAGAUCGGCCAUCUCCAACAGCUAACGGCAGAGCAGGAAAAGGCGGGCGUCGAUCCAGAGUGGUAUCGCAUGAUGCUCUUCAGGGUCCGCGGCGCACUCAUGCCUCCCCCCAUGAAUCCGGAGAUGAUGCAUGCCAUCGCUGCCGCCCCACACAUGCAGCCGCCACAGACAAAUCCCUCAGAUAUGCAGCAAGGACAGCAGCAAGGACAGCAAUAA